CCGGGGACAAGUUUCUCUUCCUUGGUUUCUCGUCUCUCAUCGUCGUCUCCUUUUUCUCUUCUCCCAAUUUCUUAUUUACCUCUGGCCUCUGGUUCUUUCCAUGGAUUUUCUAUAGAGCCAAGAUGUUCAGCGGUGCGGAUUCCGGCGCAACGGGGGAUUGUCCCUCGGCCCCUUGGAGGGCAUUGUCUUCUACGACUAUGUUUGGAGUUGGUGCUUUGUGUCGUGCCUUUUUUACCGCAGCGAGUUAUUCGGAAGUAAAUGGCCUGGAGCCUUUCAUCGAACUGCUCGAUUCGAGGCGGGAUCCAUCGCAGAGAACGAGGGGUUUGCUUACAGUUUCGAACCAUACCAGCGUUAUGGAUGAUCCUGUGAUGUGGGGGUCUCUCCCAAUGCGAUUCCACUUUGGAUUGCCAACAUGGAACCGAAGAUGGUCGUUUGGCAGCCAUGACAUUUGUUAUCAGACUCGGCCUUUAGCCCUUUUCUUCGCAAUGGGCCAAGUCCUUCCAACACACCGACUUGCUCAUUCGCCACACGGUGGUCUUGCGCAACCCGCCGUGACCCAAGCAAUCCGAUUACUAUCCAAGGGGCCAUUCCCUGUUGAUCACCAUAUCGCUAAGCCCGAACGACAGCAUUGGAGUAUACACAACGUUUGUGUCGAUCCGUUCUCCGACCUUCCCACAGCUUACACCACCGAUGGCGAGGAUUCUCAUCUAGCGCCCUCGGCCUACGCCUGCAAUUCUCAUUCGUGGUUACAUAUUUUCCCUGAGGGCAAGAUUCACCAAGCACCUCAGAAGACAAUGCGCUACUUUAAGUGGGGUGUCGCCCGGCUUAUUCUGGAAGCCACCGAGUGUCCGGAUGUUGUGCCAAUCUGGCUAGAAGGAUUUGAUGAGGUCAUGCAUGAGGACCGCGGCUUUCCACGCUUUGCUCCUCGUGUCGGAAAGAACAUCAGCAUUACCUUUGGAAACAAGGUAGACACUGAGGCUGUCUUUGGAGAUACAAGAAGGCGCUGGCAAGAACUGAAGGCAAAGGCAGAGUUAGCCUCGCCGGAGACCCGGGAUCUACCUCUGGGAGUCUUGAGCGACGAGCUUUUGAACGGCAAAGAGGCAGUUGCGCUGCGGAAAGAAGUCACCAAAAAGGUCAGAGACCUUGUACUGGAAGUGCGAUCGACGAGAGGUCUCCCUGACGAAGAUCCAAAAGAAGGUCUCGUCGAGACAUGGAUCCGAGAGGGACCCAAGCACGAAGGUAAAAUGGAUGAUGGAUCCUGGGUUCGAGAUAUUUGAACUGUAGGACAUGUUUGGUUCAUCGCCAAGUCUGGUGGUACCAUGUAAAAUAGUGUUAGUGGCACAUGUAUAGUCAGCGCAUAUAGAACAGUUUGUACAAUUCAAAAAGCAAAAUUAUAGAUUCGAA